AUGAAGGCCUUCACUCUUCUCGCGGCGGCCUCAGCGGCCUCGGCACACACCAUCUUCGUCCAGCUCGAGGCGGAUGGCACAACGUACCCGGUAUCUCACGGUAUCCGGACCCCGACCUACGACGGCCCCAUCACCGACGUCACUUCCGACGACGUUGCCUGCAAUGGCGGCCCGAACCCGACGACCCCGUCCAGCGAGGUCAUCACCGUCUCUGCGGGCACCACCGUCAAGGCCGUCUGGAGGCAUACUCUCGACUCGGGCCCCGAGGAUGUCAUGGACGCGAGCCACAAGGGCCCGACCAUGGCCUACCUCAAGAAGGUCGACGACGCUGUGACCGACAGUGGCAUCGGCGAUGGAUGGUUCAAGAUCCAGGAGGACGGCUACAGCAACGGCCAAUGGGGUACCAGCACCGUCAUUGAGAACUCUGGUCUCCAUACCAUUGACAUCCCGGCUUGCAUUCCCGAGGGCCAGUACCUCCUCCGCGCCGAGAUGAUCGCUCUCCACAGUGCCGGCUCCCCCGGUGGCGCUCAGCUCUACAUGGAAUGCGCCCAGCUCAACAUUGUCGGUGGCUCUGGCUCGGUCCCCACCGACACCGUCAGCUUCCCUGGUGCCUACCCCGCCGACGACCCGGGCAUCGUCGUCGACAUCUACUCCAUGUCGCCCUCCGACUCCUACAGCGUCCCGGGCCCGGACGCCUUCUCUUGCUAG